CUGUAAGUACUACUAGCGCUAGCAGAAUAACAUCGUCAGCGGUCAGCCAUUGUCGUGAGAUGUGAAGAUUUUUCUGAACGUGAUAUAUUCGCUACAAAAGCCGAUCAAUUGUUAAUCAUUAAAUUUGAAAUUGUUUACGGUAAGAUGCAUACGAUUCCGGAAUUAGGUACAAGUGUACCGGCAUUCCUUGCCAAGCUUUGGAAGCUGGUAGAAGAUCCCGAAACUGACGACCUUAUUUGUUGGUCCCCUAAUGGUAGGAGUUUUUUCAUUAGAAAUCAGGCACAAUUUGCCAGAGAAUUGUUACCUCAUUAUUAUAAACACAAUAACAUGGCCAGCUUUGUUCGUCAGUUGAAUAUGUAUGGUUUUCACAAGAAGGUUUCCGUUGAAUUAGGUGGUUUGAAGUGUGACAAAGAUGAAAUGGAAUUUGCACAUCAAUUCUUUUGCAAAGGACAUCCAUAUCUUGUAGAACAUAUUAAAAGAAAAAUUGCAUCUAGCAAAGGACAAGAUCCAACGCUCACACCUAUGAAACCUGAAUUAAUGAAUAAAAUGCUGACAGAAGUGAGGAGUAUGAGAGGUCGGCAAGAACAUUUAGAUUCUAGAUUAGGAGCUAUGAAAAGAGAAAAUGAAGCAUUAUGGAGAGAACUUGCAAUGCUUAGGCAAAAACAUAUGAAACAACAGCAAAUUGUUAAUAAACUAAUACAUUUCUUGGUCACUUUAGUGCAACCUUCGAGAGGCAGUGGCCUCUCUGUUAAAAGAAGGUAUCCAUUAAUGAUCGAUGACUCUAACCGUCAACGUAAUAAACAAUCUAAAUUAUCAAAGUCACAGCCAUCACCUACAGGACCUGUGAUUCAUGAACUCGAUGCAUCUGAACCAGAUUUAGAUUCAGAAUAUAUCGUUGCAGAAAUGCUAGAAGGACAUCAAAGUCCAGCUAUUCAAAGUCCAGAGCAUAACAGUGCAUCGAUAAUAGAUGAUAAUAAUAUGGAAACUGUACAUUUAGUCGAUGAUUCGGUCCAAUUACAGAAUGAAAUGCAAUUGGUCAACCAGCAAGAGAUCGAUACAAGGAAAAAACGUGGUUGUAAGGGUAAAAAGAAGAGGAAAAACAAGGUGCCUGUCAAAAUUUUGAUCCCAUCGAUGAAGAAUGGAGAACAACCGAGGGAAGAAACACAUGUAUUUGAAAUUCCACUGGAAGAAUCACCGGUGACUGUUACUUUAUUGGAAAAUAAAUUAGUUCCUACGCCUGUACCUAUAUCAAGUGUGCGUAGCUCAAAGCUCAAAGCUAUGGCAGCUAAUAUAAACAAAGCAGUUGAUGCAGAGAAAGAGUUCAAUUUGGAGAAUUCUGCGGACAUAGAAGAAGAUUCUCAAGAGACUAAUUCUGACUUGGUGAAACUCGAAGACAUUUUAAUAGGUUCAGAAAUUAUUAACGACGAAAAUGCCAAGGACAAUGAGAACAUAGAGUAUAAUGAAAAUAAUAGUAACUCUGAAUCAGGGAGAAAUGAUAAUAACAUUGAUCACGUUAACGAAGCUUUUAGUAAUGUUAAAAAAGAUAGUCAAAGAGUUUCAAAAAAAAAUUGUGCUCAAAAAGUUUUGGAGGAAGAAAAAUUCAAUACCAAUGGAGAAGGCACAAGCACAGAUUUAUCUUUGAGUUGUAUCAAUCCCUCUGGCAUAUCUGACACUACUUACAGGUUAGGAUCAACGGAAGAAAUGGAUAAUCAUCUUGAAUCAAUGCAGACAGAUUUGGAUAAUCUUCGUGAAAUUCUACGUGGCGAGGGUUACAGUAUCGAUGCAAACACGCUUCUCGGAUUAUUUGGUGCAGACGAUCCAAUGUCAUUUGGUAUGCCUGUUAAUCCAGAGCUGAAUCCACAUUCUGAGAAAGAAGAUGACGAUCACACUAAUGAAAACAUUAAUGGGAAUGGCGGAGAACUUAUGGCGUAUAAUCCAACACAAAACUUACUAGAUUUCGACGAUGACAUGAUGUUCUUGGAUGGUACUUCGCCUGGUGCAACAGCUGAUGCAACUGCAAACAAUCUUUACGAAUCUGAUCCUCUAGAUUUGGAUGAUAACAAAGCUUCGCUUCUUGAAUCCUUAACAAAUGAUGUAAACACUUCGUAAAGUCUCAUUCCUCUGGUUCAGAUCACUGUUACAUCCACUGUUGCUUUGGUUUCAGUAUGUUUUAUUCUCAAUGGAUCAUCAUGAGCAUGCUCUCGUUUUCUCUGUCGGUGUAUUUCGAUGAGCAAAUAAGCAACGAGCUUGCAUAAUGUACAAAACAAAGGGUACCUAAUUACUAGAGGAGAAUGCAGUCUCGAUAUAAGUGGUCAAUUCAAUGAUCUCGUCGGUUUAGGGAGGACACUGUGGCUAAAAACUACCAGCGCAUAAAAUCCUCUGGAUUUGCUGCUAUUACAGACUGAUAAAAUUCAAUUGCCACAAUAACUUUUUUUACGUAAUUUAUGAUUUCAUUGUGUUUUAAUCUAUGUAUACCAUGUCGAUAUGAAACAAUAUGAAAUAAGAAAAUUAUUUAUUCGCACUUUAAAAAUUCAAUCAAGCGUAAACAAAUCAUUUUGAUUUUAAUAUAACAUUGGAACACGUUAUAGUGACUAACAUUGAUAGUACAAUGUAAAACUUUGAAGUUCCUGCGUGUGUAAUCUCAAAGAUUUAUCUUAUCUAUUAAUCAUGUUCACACUGUAUAUCUAUCAAUAAUCCAGAAAUUACAAAAUUAUACCAGAACAGAUUGAACAUUUUGUUCGUAUUUUGUAUGAGUGAUACAUAGCAUUGAUAGAAUCAUUUGUUAUUUGUAACUUGAUGAUCUUAUUAUUUAUGAGAUUUUAGUGCAACCUUGUUUACGCGUCUCGUCUAUGUAAAUAGCUUUAAAAAGUAUAUACGAAAUUCGUAUUUUUUGUACUAACCUCAUCUGCAAUAGAAGUGUCGCGUACGUGAACAUCUAAUGUCCUGGUUCAUUAAAGAAUUGUACGGAUAAAGUUGAACUUUAGACGCUAUUUUGUAUUUUUAUACUUUUAAGAUAAACGAAUUCAUGUACCUGUCUCGACUUUUUGAUACAUUGUAAAGCUAUUAUCGGCUUAUAAAACGUUUAUUUCUCUUCUUUGUUAAUAAUUAUUCAAUAAGGUUGUUAUGAAAUUGUAUCAACUUAUAUUAAAUAAUGUCAUGAUUUUAUUAAGACGUAAAAAGUUUAAGAUAAAUAAGAAAUGCAUAAGUAUGCAAAUAUUUAAGUUGACUGAUGCGUAUUUAAAAUGGUAUACAUUUUAUUUCCUGUGUUAGGAAAUGCAUAUCUGAGAUAUGCUUAAUGUGAUUUGUUUAUCGUACGUGUCCGUAAAUAUGAAAGAAAAUUAUAAUAUAUUUAUUGCGUUUUGAAACGAUGUUGAUGAAAGAAUUAUAUUUAUGCAAACAUAUGUUUAUGAAUGCUCUUAAUAAAUGUUCACAUAUAUAUAUAUAUAUACAUACAUAUAAUCCAUAUGUAUGUAUGUAUAUGUAUUAGUAGAUGAGAUUUUCAUUUAUUUACUAGUUUAUUUGGUCCACAAAUUAUAAUCCCAAACUUAAUAACAAUUGUCAAAAAGUACGAACAUAUACUCUUUUUAAAGAUGUUUUAUAAAUAAUAGAGUGAACAAAUUCGAAGUUAUUCUUUCAUAUCUAAAAGAAUUCUUCAUACUAUAAAAAACAGUAUUUAAAUUAUGAAUAGACUUUCUGUGCUUGUAGUAACACAAUUGAUUAUAUAUUUUUUCAGCUAAUUAGCGACUUAAAAAUAUUCUGUAUCAGACUGAUCUACUUAAAGAAAUUGUAUAAUAAAUGUGUUAAGAGUUAAUUUAGCAAAAUCUAUGGAUGGAUCAUUGAUAUGUUUCAUUGCAGUCGAAAGUAAAUAAGGUAUUUAAUUUCAGUAACUAUUUACAUGUAAACAAAGAAAUGAACAAUUUUUAUCAUUUCACCUUUUGCAAUAUAUUUGAUAUUCUUCUGAGCAUGCAGAGGAUUUCUUAAUUUAAGGAAAAUAGAUCUUUGACUAAGGAGACUCGCAAGAAGUUCUUUCACGAUAAGCGAUUGAUGCUAUCUCAGAUUUGUGCUUUAUGAUUCACACACAUAUAUGUAUACAUAUAUAAUUAUUUUUUUAUUUUAGCUUUGGAAGAAAAACUGCUGGAUUUUUAAUUACCUCGUUGGUAAUACCUUUCGUUUUAAUAAUUAACUGUAUGAUGCAGCGAACCCUGUGACAAAUAUAUAGCGUGCAGAGAAAAGUAACAAUUGAAAUACGCACAGAGGUUUACUUAAAUUCCCUUGAAGGAGAAAGUACAACAUAAAAGUACCAAAUGUGUACUCUAGAUUGGAAGAGAUAUUAAUUUUUCACAUGAUUAAACUACGUGUUAAACGUAUUUCUGUCUCUUGCAAAAAUAGCCUAAUGAGAACGUAUUGAAGGAAUAAUUCCUGUUCUCAUUGAUUUGUACAUAAGCUAUGCAGAAGAUUGUCGCGCCGAUAAAGAAUCCUGCUGUCAGGAUAUUUAGCAAACAUGUCCGUCAACAGAACAGUAACAUUUUUUUAUAUAGUGUGUGUAGAGCACAGUAUUAACAAGUGAAUAUUAUACGAUGCGGCGCAUAUGAAUAUAUAU